AUGGCAGUACUUUCUGGGAGUCUUGAAGUUGCCAUGGCAACCAAACAGUGCAUGUUUCUUGGUGAUACCUCAGUAGAAUUCCAUGAGAUGGAAAUGUAUGGAUUUGUUUUUCAAACAAAAUUUCACAAAUCACAACAUUUUGAAUGUAUUAAUAAUAUGCCUGUUCUAUCAGAGAAAAUUAAACCUGGCAUUGGAGGUGUGCCCCUGCCCUACACAAAACCAAAGAAGUUUCCUUCCAUGUUAGCAAGAGGAGAAGUCACUGAGCUUCCAGCGUGGAUUGCAUUUGAUAAACAGGUGUUGUGUUUUGAAGGUUUCUUCCAAGAAACAUCCCAAGAAAGGCUGGAUUAUCCUUAUUAUAUUCGAAAAGUGAAGAUUUUCUUCUUUAUGGAAGAUGGAACAAUUCAAAUUGUGGAACCCACAGUCAACAAUAGUGGUAUUCCUCAAGGAACAUUAAUCAGCCGUCAGAAGAUUCCAUUUCCCACUCCAUGGAAUGAAGACUUCUAUGACAUUCUUGACUUCAACAUUGGAAAAGAAGUCGAGCUAUAUGGACGAGUAUAUAAGAUCACAAACUGUGAUAGAUUUACCAGAGCUUUCCUUAAUAGAACUGGAAUUCAUGUACCUGACCCCAUUAAUAUCCCACCUGAUCCUUAUAUGGUACAGCAAGAAAAGCUGUCUGAGGGAAUGGCACCAAAGAAGCCUAACAGAACCUUUAACAAGUUGGGUCAGUUUCUUGAUUUUGAUCGUAAAGUGCUGAGAUUCUAUGGCUACUGGGAUGAUCGUGAGAGUCUGCAUGGAGUGUUACAUGAUCUUGAAAUAUAUUAUUACUUGGCUGAUGAUACUAUUGAGAUUAAGGAGAUUAUUCCACCAAAUUCUGGUCAUGACUCGGGCUUCAUGUUUUUGAAGAGGUCUAAGCUACCUAAGGCAAUAUGGAGCCGAGCAUUGUCAUGUUGCAAAAGGACACCUCUAGUCAAAAGUCCAUGUCACUUUGAUCGGACUGCAGGUAGAAGAUUAUUCUUCAAGAGAUCUGAAUAUGAGGCACUGGUGACAGUGUUCCCCCAAGAUGAUUUCACACCACAUGAACAUCUAAGACCAGAUAAUGGAGUUGUGAUAAAACAAGAACCACAUCCAUUGCCUCCAUACAAUGGCUAUGGCACAUAUGAAGAUUCAGCAGCCAACUGCAGAAAUAUACCAGUUCCACCACAUUGAGACUUCAAUAAGUUUUUUAGCAAAGACAGGCAAGGUUUAACUAGCCACACUCUACGAUUCAGAGCUGAAUUGGUCUCCAAAAUUCCAGCAGAUAAGGAUCGUCAGUUUGUCAUCAGUUAUUAUCUUUCUGAUGACACCAUUUCUGUAUAUGAAAAUGCAUUACACAAUUCAGGUUUUAUUGGUGGGUACUUCAUAAAACGGACUCAAAUAAGAAAACCAGGACAAGAAAUAUAUACAUCUGAACCACCUGAAUGUUUUGGGCCACAGGAUUUUUAUGUUGGUAACAUACUCAUUCUGCAUAGUUUUGAGUUUGUACUAGUUGAUGCAGAUGAAUAUACCUUGCAAUAUAUGGAAGUUAAUUGUCAAGAGUUCAAGAAGAGUAAUGUCAUACUGAUAAUGAACAAGAUCCGUGAAGCCCUGAAGCCCAUGUAUAAACAGUUUGUAUGUGAAUUCCUGAAGACAGACCCAAAUCAGACAGAUGUAAUAUGUUGCACUAAACUGAGCAAGAUGUUGAAGGAGAUCUUGGGUGACAUCAUUACACAACAUGAACUGAUCACUCUAGCUCGCCACUACAGUGCUCAGUGUAUUAAGGAGCGAUAUACAAAGGAAUCAUUGAGGUCUGUUGUCCAUACAGAAUUGAAGCGCUUCCUUUUCAAUCAAAUGGAACGUUUACAUGAAAGCUUCCUACAGCAAGACCCUAACCACAGUGGUUACAUCUCAAGAGAUACAGCUUAUGCUGUAUGCCGAGGUGCCAAGUUGCCUGUCGACAAAGAUCUGUUGAAUGCUGUUUUGGACAAAAUUUGUAAGAAUGAAGCCGGAGAAAUAGAUUACAGGGAUUUACUAGGAUUCCUGGAUCUCAAGCAAAGUCCUCCAUCUCCUGCAGAGCCUACAGGUAGUCAGUAUGAGUUCUCACUUCUUGCUGACAAACCAGACAAUAGGAUUGGUCCAGUAGACUGUCAAGCUUUCCUCAAGGAUCUUGAUUUGGAGAAGCAGAUUGUUGAACAAAGUGGGUAGUAAAUUUCAGUGAAGACAUGUAUGUGUAUGUGAGUAAUGUUAUUUCUGGUCAUGCUAUCAGUGAUAUCCAUAUGUGUGUUUGUCUUAAUUUGAAUGAGAUAAAUAUUGUCACAUGUUCGGAAUCCAGAAGACACUUCCAUAGUAACGCUAGAACAGAGCAUUGCAUAGGUAGCGACAAUAGCGGUAUUGUAGCCCCAACAGUUGGCCGUUGCGUAGGUAUUGCAGUAUCAAAAAAACGUAUCCCUGGUGAUAGACAACAGAGGGUCGUUUGCAUAGCAGCGGCCAAGGUUAUAAAAAGGGGUUGAAUGCAUUCGCCGAGACAGUCUCAGGAUAGACGCCGAGAGAUACAGAAGUCAGUCUUCAGGAAGCUGCCGCUGAAGAUAGUUGGAAUGUAGAUACAAAGAGCUACAGAAGUAUUGGCCGAGAUAUUGUGUAAGCAGUAAUUGUAAUGCUGCAAGUGCUAAUAGUUGUAAAGUGUGUAAG